GGAGUAGCCAGACGAGGCGCGGGCGGCGCGGGGAGGCGUCCCAGAGGGAUGCUAUAUUGGACUUCCCUACUCUCAUCUGCUCCAGCUCCCUGACCUUACAGUUGCCCAGCUUUCCUGGCAAUUGACUUUGCUCAUCAAUACAUAGGAUUUAGCUGAGUAGCAUCCAGGGAGGAUGUCGGAGCCUCAGAUGUUAAUUUUCUAAUUGAGAAUAUUGGCGCUGUCUGAACCUGGAGACAGGAAAACAAAAAGCCCUUUCUCCUGAUUCACCAAAAAAUAAAAUACUGACUGCCAUCACUGUGAUGAGAUUCCUAUAGUCUCAAGAACUGAAGUCUUUAAACAACCAGGGGACCCUCUGCCCCUAGAAUAAGAACACAUUAGAAGUCCCUUCUGCUAGGACAAGGAGGAUCAUGGGAGACCACCUGGACCUUCUCCUAGGAGUGGUGCUUGUGGCCAGUCCUGUGUUUGGAUUUCCUUCCUGCUCCUUUGAUGGCCGAAUAGCCUUUUAUCGUUUCUGCAACCUCACCCAGGUCCCCCAGGUCCUCAACACCACUGAGAGGCUCCUGCUGAGCUUCAACUAUAUCCGGACAGUCACUGUUUCAUCCUUCCCCUUUCUGGAACAGCUGCAGCUGCUGGAGCUCGGGAACCAGUAUACCCCCUUGACUAUUGACAAGGAGGCCUUCAGAAACCUGCCCAACCUUAGAAUCUUGGACCUGGGAAGUAGUCAGAUAUACUUCCUGCAUCCAGAUGCUUUUCAGGGACUGUUCCAUCUGUUUGAACUUAGACUGUAUUUCUGUGGUCUCUCCGAUGCUGUAUUGAAAGAUGGUUAUUUCAGAAAUUUAAAGUCUUUAACUCGCUUGGAUCUAUCCAAAAAUCAGAUUCGUAGCCUUUACCUUCCUCCUUCAUUUGGGAAGCUGAAUUCCUUGAAGUCCAUAGAUUUUUCCUCCAACCAAAUAUUUCUUGUAUGUGAACAUGAGCUCGAGCCCCUCCAAGGGAAAAUGCUCUCCUUUUUCAGCCUCGCAGCUAAUAACUUGUAUAGCAGAGUCUCAGUGGACUGGGGAAAAUGUAUGAACCCGUUCAGAAACAUGGUGCUGGAGACACUAGAUGUUUCUGGAAAUGGCUGGACAGUGGAUAUCACAGGAAACUUUAGCAAUGCCAUCAGCAAAAGCCAGGCCUUCUCUUUGAUUCUUGCCCACCACAUCAUGGGUGCCGGGUUUGGCUUCCAUAACAUCAAAGAUCCUGACCAGAACACAUUUGCUGGCCUGGCCAGAAGUUCAGUGAGACACCUGGACCUUUCACAUGGGUUUAUCUUCUCCCUGAACUCCCGAGUCUUUGAGACACUCCAGGAUUUGCAGGUUCUGAACCUUGCCUACAACAAGAUAAAUAAGAUUGCAGUUGAAGCAUUUUACGGACUUCACAACCUCCAAGUUCUCAAUUUGUCGUAUAACCUUCUGGGGGAACUUUACAGUUCGAAUUUCUAUGGACUACCUAAGGUAGCCUACAUUGAUUUGCAAAAAAAUCACAUUGGAAUAAUUCAAGACCAAACAUUCAAAUUCCUGGAAAACUUACAGACCUUGGAUCUCCGAGACAAUGCUCUUACAACCAUUCAUUUUAUUCCAAGCAUACCUGAUAUCUUCUUAAGUGGCAAUAAACUAGUGACUUUGUCAGAGAUCAACCUUACAGCCAACUUCAUCCACUUAUCAGAAAACAGGCUAGAAAAUCUAGAUAUUCUCUACUUUCUCCUACGGGUACCUCAUCUCCAGAUUCUCAUUUUAAAUCAAAAUCGCUUAUCCUCUUGUAGUGGAGAUCAAACCCCUUCAGAGAAUCCCACCUUAGAACAGCUUUUCCUUGGAGAAAAUAUGUUGCAACUUGCCUGGGAAACUCAGCUCUGUUGGAAUGUUUUUGAGGGACUUUCUAAUCUUCAAGUUCUGUAUUUGAAUAAUAACUAUCUUAAUUCCCUUCCACCAGGAGUAUUUAGCCAUCUGACUGCAUUAAAGGGACUAAGCCUCAACUCCAACAGGCUGACAGUUCUUUCUCACAAUGAUUUACCUGCUAAUUUAGAGAUCCUUGACAUAUCUGGGAAUCAGCUCCUAGCUCCCGAUCCUGAUUUAUUUGUAUCACUUAGUGUCUUGGAUAUAACUCAUAACAAGUUCAUUUGUGAAUGUGCACUUAGCACUUUUAUCCAUUGGCUUAAUCACACCAAUGUCACUAUAGCUGGGCCUCCUGCAGACAUACAUUGCGUGUACCCUGACUCGCUCUCUGGGGUUUCCCUCUUUUCUCUUUCCACGGAAGCUUGUGAUGAAGAGGAAGUCUUAAAGUCCCUAAAGUUCUCCCUUUUCAUUGUAUGCACUGUCACUCUGACUCUGUUCCUCAUGACCAUCCUCAUAGUCACGAAGUUCCGGGGCUUCUGUUUUAUCUGUUAUAAGACAGCCCAGAGACUGGUGUUCAAGUACCAUCCCCAGAGCACAGAACCUGAUACGUACAAAUAUGAUGCCUAUUUGUGCUUCAGCAGCAAAGACUUCGCAUGGGUGCAGAAUGCUUUGCUCAAACACCUGGACACUCAAUACAGGGACCAAAACAGAUUUAACCUGUGCUUUGAAGAAAGAGACUUUGUCCCGGGAGAAAACCACAUUGCCAAUAUCCAGGACGCCAUCUGGAACAGUAGAAAGAUUGUUUGUCUUGUGAGCAGACACUUCCUUAGAGAUGGUUGGUGCCUUGAAGCCUUCAGUUAUGCCCAGGGCAGGUGCUUAUCUGACCUUAACAGUGCUCUCAUCAUGGUGGUGGUUGGGUCCUUGUCCCAGUACCAGUUGAUGAAACAUCAAUCCAUUAGAGGCUUUGUACAGAAACAGCAGUACUUGAGGUGGCCUGAGGAUCUCCAGGAUGUUGGCUGGUUUCUUCAUAAACUCUCUCAACAGAUACUAAAGAAAGAAAAAGAAAAGAAGAAAGACAGUAACAUUCCGUUGCGAACUGUAGCAACCAUCUCCUAAUCAAAGGAGCAAUUUCCAACCUAUCUCAAGCCACAAAUAACUAUUCACUUUGUAUUUGCACCAAGUUACCAUUUUGGGGUCCUCUCCGGAGAUUUUUUUUUCUUUUUGCUACUAUGAAAACAACAUAAAUCUCUCGAUUUUCAUAUCAA